CUAAGGAAUUCAAUUCAUUUGUAUGGAAGCAUUUGAACCUAUUAGGACGUGUCUUUUCCUUCACCACACGUCAAUUUGGCAUACAAAGCACAGAGCAUAUACUGUUCUUUGUGAGGUUAAAAGAGAUUUUCAUCUCUACUUUGCAGAAAUGGGAAUCGUGAUGCUCUACAACAGCAAACAAUCGAUCUGAUGUUGUGUUCGUUUGGAGAAGACGUUACAAGGCAUGACUUGAUUGAGCAUGAAGAAGAUUUUGGGGAUGAGUCUCAUUAUUUCGGUGAUGGAUCAAGAGCAACAAUGAUGUCUCGAAAAUGAAAUACUUGCUGGCAAUGGUGGUGUUGAAUGGAGAGAGUACCUCAGUUAUGUAUGGGUGUGGACCAGAUUCAUCCAUGGACAGAAAAGGGGGUUCCCGACAGGUUUACAAGCCGGAAAACCAGCUGAAAUAUAUGCAGCUACUGCUGUUAAUUGGUGAUGGAGAAGAACGGGGAGUUGCUGCCGUGAUUAAUGGCAGUAAAUGGUGUUGCUGAUGAUCGAUGGCGGUAGUUGGAUGGUUAAUAGCGGGUGAUGUUUUGCAGUUAGAGUGUGAACUGAAAAACAACCAAGAAGGAACUGUGGUCGUGCAAAAGUGUUUGCAGUGUGGUUGUUGGUAAUAGACUAGUCUGUCGGUAUCAAGAGACCGACAUCAAGCUUACCUGCUACAAGUUAAUGGUUGCGAGAUGCCUGCUAAGUGGUUAUGGAUGAUGGCUGUACAGGGAGAAGAGUAUUUGGGUAGUUUUUGAAUUGGAGGUUACAAAGACAAGAUGCUCAUAAAGUUCAACUGUGGUUCGAGUAAUGUAUAGGGAAGAACUGAAUUCAGGCUACAAGAAAUGAAAUCGUUGUGUGCUGUCUCAAAUGAAGAAACGGGAGAUAGUUAUGGGUUGUAUCUCAAGGUCAUGAGACCAGUGAAGACGAAAAGAUGGACUGGCUGAAGGAUGAUGUUCAUAGUUGCCGAAAUUCCUUUUCCUCGCCAAUUUGAGUUCACAUCUUUCUACAAUUUACGGCGAUAAGAAAUGGGUCUGAAGUUGGAUCUAAUGGAGAAAUGGAGGUGUAUUUGUUGUGUGUUACGAGAGAUGGCAUGGCUAUUGGAUUCCUGGUGGUAAGCUGUUGUUGCCGAGAUGGAGAAGAAUUGAGCUCGAGUGGUGAUUUGUAUGAGCCGUUGGUACUGGUGGAGGAUGAUGGUCAAUGAGAUGAGAAGAUGUGGCUGCAGUCAGUGAAGGCGAGUGCUGGGUAGGCGGACAGAGAAUAGAAGCUGGCAAGGUGAUUGAAUGGGCUUUUGGAGAUACUUCAAUAGUCCAGUUAGAGGACUUCGCAGCAUAUAUAUAUUUUGAGAUAGAAGAUCAGAAAGGAGAGGCCAACGCUGCAAGAGGCUACACAGCCGAGAAUAGCAGUUAGGUUCUGAAGGGGAGGCGCGGCUACAAGCAGUUCAAGAGAGCCGCAGAGGAGAUUAGGAAGCUUUUUUGAGGAUGAUGAAUUUUUUGUACGAGACGUCAUCUAAGAUGACACUUGCAGAAUAUAAGCGUAGAAAUUCACAUUCUCAGGAGAGAUCUCCUGAUAUGAUGCUUGGGGAGUAUAUGCAUAGGCAACGGUAUGGAGAUUUUGCUCCACAUGUGGUAAGUGAAGAAUCGCCUCUAAUGAUAUAUGAGAAGUAUUACAAACACACACCGCUUAGUUUGGAACAAAGAUUGAGAGUUCUUGAAUGCCAAAAAUUAUUUGCUGAUGAUGAUGAAUAUUGUAGUGACUCUCUGUUCCAGACAGAACAUAUAGAUGACCCCGUGGAUGAUUGUCCGGAUUAUUUUCCUAAUUCCAUAGAUGAGUCUACCUCACAAGAUCAUUCACCCGACUUAGAGGUUGUUUCUAGACCCCUAGACUUCCAAAAGUUGCCUAAUAUAGGGUUAGAAUUGUGUGCUUCUAAAGUGUUGUUGGAUUACUUUGCAUCUAAGUACACAGAAGACUUGCUUGUUCCUGAUAUUGUGCAUGAGGCGGUUGAUACUAUUAAGGUAACUUGCACUGCUGAUUUUGAACCUUUAUCAGUUUGCAUUUCUCAUUUUGCUAAUUAUAAUGACCCUAUGCCUAAUGAUAUUGUCGAUGCAUUGUGCCCUCCUAUGGUAAAUCAAGGUAACUUAACAACGAAAGUUAUUUCCGCGGACUUAGAACCAGAUUUAGGAGUUACUGAUUUUUAUGAACUUAAACCACUAAAUGCAUGUUUAGGUCAUUGUGCUGAGUUUGAUGAUUCUUUUCCUUUUGACAAUGUCAAUUCGUUACUUCCUAUGAUUUCUAGUGAAGAUAUUGUGUCGACGGAAGUUAUUUCAGCUGAUCUUGAACCUGAUUUAAAGAGUAUGUCCCAAAUAGAAACUAAUAUAUAUUUUAUGUUUGUUGUCCAUGUGAGUCAUUUAAUUAUCUUGACUAAGGACUAUAUUCUAUUGGGAACGGAUUUACACAUAUAUUGGGAUGUUUUAGUGUUUGCAGGUUCAUAUUUGCAGCUGACCUGAUUCGUUGGGUUGAUCCCCAACUUUUCAGACUUUAUAUAUAUGCUUUGCUGGUUACUUUGGUGCAACCUCAUCUUGUUUGAGGUUCUCAAUGUGCGCAAAGAUGGAUACAAGAUUAUGCUUCAUGGGAGAUAAGAUCACGCUUCAUGGGAGUCAAACCAUCAGAUUAGUUUUCUUUCCUAUAUCUUUUAUUUGUUUUCUUGAAUUUCCCAUCUUGAUUUCGAGUACGUUGGAUGACUCAAUUACAUUGAGGACAAUGUAACGUUUAAGUGUGGGGGACUGG